AUGACUUCAAACAUUGCGGAGUCAAUAAAUGAAGUACUUGUAUCAACUAGAGAAUUGCCAAUUUAUAAUUUUCUUGAGGAAGUUCGAUUGCUGUUUGCAAAAUGGAAUUGCGAAAAUAGGCAGGAGGCUUCAUAUACCUUUACAACACUCAUUGAAAAGUUUAAUGACAUACUCAAAAAGAAUGAGGCUUUGUGUACUCGUAUGACGGUUGUACCAGCCACAAAAUAUGUGUAUACGGUACACGACGAACAAAAUCACUUCAACAUUUGCCUCAAGGAAAGAAAGUACUCAUGUAAUACAUUUCAACUCGAUGAGAUACCAUAUGCACAUGCUUGUGCGGUGUUAGAGAGCAAGAAUUUUGAGAAGGGGUCAUACUGUUGUGAUUUAUUUAAACCAAAAACUGUGUUGAAGAUAUAUGAUGUUCUAAUCUAUCCGUUGCCACACCAAGAUAACUGGAUAAUUCCAGAGAGAGUACUUAGUGAAAUAGCACUGCCUCCGAAAUUCAAAAGACCUCCAGGAAGACCUGCAAAGAAUGAUCGUGGAAAAUCAGGUCGAGAUAUGUUUGAAAAAAAGAACAUUAAUUUAUGCGAUGGUUGUGAGACUAAGGGUCACAAUAGGCGUUCUUGUAGAAAAUAUUGCAAGUGA